AUGGAUAUCGUACAGUCCGUGUCGGGCUACAUCAGCAAGAUGGUGUCGGCCGGCGACAGCUCCACCGGCUCUCAGCCAGCCAAGAUGAAGAUACUACUGCUCGACAGCGAGACGGUCCCCAUCGUCUCAACCGCCACCACCCAGUCGGCCCUGCUCAGCCAUGAAGUCUACCUCACCGACCGCCUCGACAGCCAGACGCGCGAGAAGAUGCGCCAUCUGCGAUGCCUUUGUUUCGUCCGUCCCUCGCCUGAAUCCAUCCAAUUCCUCAUCGACGAGCUGCGCGAGCCCAAGUACGGCGAAUACAACAUCUACUUCAGCAACAUCAUACGCAAGUCCUCACUCGAGCGACUCGCCGAAGCCGACGAUCAUGAAGUUGUGCGCGCUAUACAUGAGUAUUUUGCCGACUACCUGGUCAUCAACCCCGACCUCAUGUCGCUCAACCUGCAACACAGGAUAUGGAGCACUAACCCGGACCUGUGGAACCCGGAUGCUCUGCAACGCUCUACCGAAGGCAUCAUUGCCCUGUUGCUGUCGUUGAAGAAGAGACCUCUGAUCCGCUAUCAAAAGAACAGCCUGUUGGCUAAGAAACUGGCAACCGAGGUCCGCUACCAGAUGACCCAGGAGGAGCAAUUGUUUGAUUUUCGAAAAACCGACACGCCUCCCAUCCUGCUCAUAGUGGACAGAAGGGAUGACCCUGUUACUCCCCUUCUCACUCAGUGGACAUACCAGGCCAUGGUGCAUGAACUUAUGGGCAUAAGAAAUGGCAGGGUGGACCUGAGUGAUGUUCCCGACAUCCGGCCUGAGCUAAAGGAAAUCACCCUGUCGCAGGAUCAAGACCCAUUCUUCAAGAAGAACAUGUACCUUAAUUUUGGAGAUCUCGGCCAAAAUGCCAAGGACUAUGUCGAACAAUUCGCAUCCAAGCAACAAGGGAGCCUCAAGCUGGAGUCCAUCACGGACAUGAAGCGUUUUGUCGAAGAUUAUCCAGAGUUUCGCAAACUGUCCAGCAACGUCACCAAGCAUGUGACGCUUGUAGGAGAGUUGAGUCGGCGCGUGGGAGAGGAUCACCUUCUGGACGUCAGUGAAUUGGAGCAGAGUUUGGCUUGCAACGACAACCACUCGAACGAUGUCAAGCAACUACAACAACUCAUUUCCAACCCCUCGAUACCCCCUGACAACAAACUACGCCUCACAGCAAUCUAUGCACUCAGAUAUCACAAGCAUCCGUCUAACUCGAUCCCAAUGUUGCUUGAUCUUCUUGCGGUGGCUGGCAAUUUGUCUCGCCAUCGAAUCGAUUUGAUCAACAAGCUGCUGCACUAUCACCAGUCUUUGCAGGUCACAACGUCCGGCACCGCGGGUAUUCCUGACCUGUUCCAAUCUGGGUCUUUGUUCAGCAAUGCGCAGAAUCGGUUCAAAGGUCUCAAAGGUGUGGAGAAUGUCUACACUCAGCACUCGCCGCGACUGGAGGGUACACUGCAAGACCUGAUCAAGGGACGUCUGCGCGACCACCUGUACCCAUUCGUUGAUGGUGGUGGCACCACUAGAGAUAAGCCGCAGGAUAUAAUCAUCUUCAUGGUGGGUGGAGCAACAUAUGAGGAGGCGAAAAUGGUUGCGCAGGUCAAUGCUAGAGAAUGCUGCAUCCGUGGGGUCAAGCAUGAAGGCCAAGCCGUCGGCAAGAUGGUGCAAGUUGGAGGCAUCAGCUCGUAUGUCGUUUAUCCCGAGGACGAAAGCACCCGCAACGCCAUUUUAGUUCUCACCGACGUCUUCGGCCAUGCUUCCAUCAAUCCUCAACUGAUUGCCGAUCAGCUUGCUGCCAAUGGAUACUUCGUCGUCAUGCCUGACCUUUUCGACGGCGAUCCAGCUCCGGCUAAUACCGAGGGCUUUGACCUCCAGAAAUGGAGAGUAAAUCAUCAACCAGCUACAGUCGACCCGAUCGUCGCUGCCGUUUUGAAGGAAAUGCGUGGUGGCCUCAAAUGCGAGCGUGUCGGUAGUGUCGGGUACUGCUUUGGCGCCAAGUACGUGGUUCGCAACCUGAAGAGUGGGGGUCUCAUCGACGCUGGCUUCGUUGCUCAUCCAUCAUUCGUGGACGCGGAUGAGCUCAAGGCUAUUACACGUCCGCUGAGCAUUGCCGCAGCUGAGGACGAUUAUAUUUUCCCGACUCCGAAGCGCCGUGAAUCCGAGGACAUCCUUGCGGAUAUACAGGCAACUUACCAAGUGGUUCUGUACUCAGGUACAUCGCAUGGUUUUGCAACCCGUGGCGAUCUUUCAAAGAAGAACAUUAAGUUUGCCAAGGAACAGGCGUUUCUACAAGCGGUGAAAUGGUUUGAUGAGCACGUUAAGGAAUGA